UAUUUUAGACCCUGGUAAAAGUUCAACGGCCGGGAGGAUUGGUCUUCAGCCCAGCAGCACAGCAACUCCGGCGUUUGAGAUAUCGCAAGUUUUCGGGAAAAGUUUUGGUCGUGACCGGCGGGCAGCAGUGAGGAGUUGUCUUCUGCCAUGGUCAGUUCUUCUGCCACAUCAGAUCGAACGAGCAGCACUACCGUGUCACAAAAAUGUUCCACAGACGCCGUUUGAGCGUUUUGCAGUACGUGUUGCUGGGCAUUUUCUUCGGAUCGUCCGUCUACCUGUGGACGAAUCGAAUUGGCGUGACCCGACCGUUCAACGUCAUUCAUCUCCUGCAAAAUGAGAAUUUACUUCAGGAAACGGAAGAAAGUACUAGCGGAGAUAAACUUGCCGAUGGAUUGCUGGCGGAUGACAACAGCAUCCAACCGAUGGCCGAUCCGCUAUCGAUCAACGUAUGUCCCGAUCCGACAGUUGCAUCACCUAUCGCUCCGGUUGGGAUCGAGCCAUUCCCGGAGUUGAAACUGGACGAAGACGACGGCGAUUUGAAUCGAACACUUGAUUGGCUGGAUUUGUGGAAUGAGGAUGGCAAUUGCACUAAAUACGAAUCGCGAGUGCUUCAACCAGGUAGUCAACCUCAAACCGGUGCUCUAGUCUCUUUCCCCGGCAGUGGCAAUUCGUGGCUCCGGAUGCUUCUGGUUGGCGUUACAGGUGUCUUCAUCAGUUCCAUUUAUCCUGGUGAAGAUUCACAAUUUAAAUCGAAAGCCAACACGAGUUAUCAGAUUCCAGUGAACUGUGGAUGCACUUUAUUGCAAAAGACUCACGACUUUUCUCUGGAUGCUGUGCUGUACCGUUUGCCCGAAGCGCAAAGAACAAAGACGCUGGAGGAAUUCAAAGGCAAAGGCAUUCUGAUCAUUCGCAAUCCGUUCAAAGCCAUCCGCUCCUAUCGUAACUUUGAGUACUCCGGAAUGGUGGGAGCGGGAGUCGCACCCGAAAACGCAUUCACAGGCGAAAAAUGGGACAAUUUUGUCAGUCGGUCUGUGGCUGGAUGGGAGACGUUGGCGUCGGUGUGGAUCCGCGGAUUGAAACAGGGAGGUGUCAUUUACUACGAACGUUUACACCGGGAAACUCGAUCGGAAUUGAAGCGUUUGCUUAAGAUGCUCGGUCUGAGAUACGACAAAGAUCGACUCGAAUGCGUGUUGCGUCACACUGCCGAUAAUUCGUUCAAGCGCGAAUCGAACAACGCUACACAGACCGAGGAUCCUUACACGGCCAGUCAGAGAUUGCUGAUUCACAAGGCUAUUGACAGUGUUCAACUCGUGUUGAAAGAACGCGGUCUGGACCCACUUCCUGUUCAGUAUUACGACUUUUACGACAUAACACCCGAAUACGGAAUUCCAACUUAAUAAUCCGACCAAUGGUGUUUCUUACCGUACGUUCAUUAUAAUUAAUGAAUGUCCAUCUUGUCACAAGAACUAGGAUUUGCAUAUCGCGAUAAAAUAAAAGGGUUAAUUGAUCGUUUUUCUUAA